AUGUCAAAGAAGUUUAGUUCUAUUGCUGAUGCGGUGAAAUAUAUCAACGAUGAAUUGACCAAGAAAGGGUAUUUAAAAGAUGAUAAAUUACAGUGUAGUGCCAGCAAUGAAUCAUCGAGUGAAAAAGAGCAAUUAGAUCGUGAUAAACUAGUAGUAAAUGUUAUAAAUAAACUACUGCAACGCGUCGAUAAUCUACAAGACAGAUUAAAGGAUCAAGACCUACAAUUACGGAAAGCUCAAGAUAAAUUGAUUGAAAGGACACAUUUCAUUAAAUCUGAACACAAUAAAUCUGCAAAUACGCCAGAAAAGGAGCGCAAAGUUACUAAGAUAACCAAGAUCCAGUAUCGAGAAAAGGAUACCAAAUAUCUCGAAGCGAAAAUACGAAAGUUACGAUUAGAAUUGGAAGAUCAAUCAUCGCAAUUGAGGCAAUACGCCGAUGGAGACAGACCGAAUAUAACAUGGGGAACAUCUUUAGGACAUCUUACAGUAGGAAAGCUGAUGUAUUCACGCGACGCUGUCGAAGCUAAUCAAAUUGACAUGCUUAGCGAUAAAUUAAGUGACGUGAUAGAUAUCAACACUAGUUUAUCCCAAGAUCUUGAUGCAGCUACAAGGCUCAUAUCAAACAUGAACAAGACAAUCUAUACGAAAUUUGUGCUACAAAUACCUGAUACCACGAGUAAAACGGUUACUGUGGACAAAUCAGAUCACCAUGAGGCAUCAAGCCAAGCUUUGAACGAACUCACACGUGACUGGGAAGAUAUCAAAUCUCAGUUACCCUGA